AUGGGCACAUGGAGAAAGGAAAUUUCAGGAGAAGCAAAGAAGCAGCUAUGGUUGGCAGGGCCAAUGGUAUUUGUGUCUGUGUUUCAAUACAGUUUACAAAUGAUAUCUCUCAUGUUUGUAGGCCACUUGGAUGAGUUGCUUCUAGCUGCUGCUUCUUUGGCUACUUCAUUUCUAAAUGUCACUGGUUUCAGUGUAUUGAUAGGUAUGUCAAGCGCAUUGGACACAUUUUGUGGUCAAUCAUAUGGAGCACAGCAGUAUCAUAUGGUUGGAAUACACAUGCAGAGAGCCAUAGUGGUAACCAUGCUUGUUACUAUGCCCGUGACCAUUAUUUGGGCAUUCUUGAAACCAAUUCUAGUCGUUCUUCAUCAAGACAAAACAAUCGCAGCACAAGCUCAACUAUAUGCACGUUACUUGAUUCCAAGCCUUUCUGCCAAUGCUCUUCUUCGGUGCUUUGUCAAGUUUCUUCAAACACAAAACAAUGUGUUUCUUUUGUUUCUGGCCACUGGAUUCACCACCUUAACACAUGUCCUUUUAUGUUGGCUUUUGGUUCUAAAAUUUAAGCUUGGCAUCAAAGGAGCUGCCAUUGCAUUUUGCAUUUCAAAUUGGAUUAACACAGUACUACUAGCACUUUACAUCAAGUUCUCCGCUUCCUGCAAAAGCACUUGGACUGGGUUCUCAAGGGAAUGUUUGCAUAACAUCCCUCAAUUUCUCAGGCUUGCUUUUCCUUCAACACUCAUGGUCUGGUUAGAACAAUGGACGUUUCAGCUAAUGGUGCUACUAGCUGGUGCUCUUCCUAAUCCAAAAUUGCAAACCUCAGUGCUUUCUAUCUGCUUUAAUACAACUGGUCUGUUAUGGAUGAUACCCCUUGGAGUUAGUGCUGCUUCAAGUACAAGGAUCUCAAAUGAACUUGGAGCUGGCCGUGCAAAAGGUGCAUAUUUAGCUGUCAAAGUCACCUUAUUAUUGGCCUUCAUAGUUGGGGCUUUAGGAUUUACUCUCCUUAUGGUGACAAGGAACAUUUGGGGCCAUAUUUUUACCGAUGUACCAGAAGUAGUCCGUUAUGUGGCAUCCUUGACACCGAUUCUUGCAUGCUCUGUCUUUGUAGAUUCAAUUCAAACAGCAUUAUCAGGUGUUGCCAGAGGAUGUGGUUGGCAGAAGUUUGGUGCAUUUGUCAAUCUUGGAUCUUACUAUCUCUUGGGUGCUCCUUUAGCAAUUGUGCUAGCAUUUGUCCUCAAAAUGAAAGGAAAGGGGCUCCUUUUUGGGAUUGUGCUUGCACUUAUUAUGCAAGUGGUGUGUUUUCUUGUGGUCACCUUUCGCACCAAUUGGGACAAAGAAGCAAACAAAGCAGUAAAAAGAGUAAGAGACAAUGGAGUCCAAGAUGAUGCAAAUGCUUUGCCAAGUCACCAAAAUGGAAAUCUUUGGUAG